CCUCGGCUUGUUAAUAUCAUCCUUGCUCCUCCUGCGCCUGUCAACAUGCCAGGCCGGGGAGUUCGCCUGCAGAUCAACCUGGGCCAAGUGAACGCGUGCCUCUCACCCGUGCAAAAGGAAGAUCUUAGCAACAAGAUUAAAGAACAAAAAGUAGUCGUGGAAGAACUUUCUAAUCUGAAGAAGAACCGGAAAGUGUAUAGACAGCAACCAAACAGCAAUAUAUUCUUUCUUGGAGACCGAGCAGAAAUAUUCUCUGAAAGCAAAAAUGUAUUGGAUAAUCUGCGAAAACAGUACCAAGAAGCAGAGACCCUAGAGAAGACCAAAAUCCCAAAAUAGUCAAUUAGGUGUCAGGUCAAGAUGUGUGGCAUUGGCUGCUUGGUAAGCUUCUCUGUUGAGCAUCUCAGCAAGGACUUGAAAGAAGGUUUGCUGUCUAAUCUUAAACGAAGAGGCCCCGAUUGUAGUAAACAGUUGUCAAGGUCGAACACGCACUACCAGUGUUUCUUUUCUGGCCAUGUCCUCCACCUAAGAGGUGCUGUGACUGCCCAGCCUGUGGAAGAUGAGAGAGGCGAUAUGUUCCUUUGGAAUGGGGAAGUCUUUGGUGGGGUGCAGGUGGAAGCAGAAGAGAAUGAUACUCAAGUAAUGUUUCAUUUUCUUUCUGCAUGUAAGAGCGACUCUGAUAUCACAUCCCUCUUCUCGGAAGUCCGAGGCCCUUGGUCUUUCAUAUACUACCAGGCAUCUAGGCACUGUUUAUGGUUUGGUAGGGAUUUCUUUGGUCGUCGUAGCUUGCUUUGGCAUUUUAGUGAUUUACAUGGGAGCUUCUGCCUUGCUUCUGUUGGUGGCCAAAUACCCGGUGGGACCCAUCUAUGGCAAGAAGUUCCAGCAUCUGGAAUUUUCAGAAUUGAUCUCAUGUCUGCUUCUGUUUCUGGACAUGUGGUUUUAAGAUUGUGUCCCUGGAGGUCUGUUUCUGGGGCGCAUGCUCUCAGAGACCAGAGUGGCACCAUGGCUUAUCUCAAAGCAGACUUGCCUCCCUGGGUCUCCGUGGAAGCAAAUGAAGCUAGCCUAUAUCUUAGAGAACCUGUUGUCCCUUUAAAUAUGAUGUCACCACAAGCCCAAGUUGCAGUUGAUGGCAGUGGCCUUGCCAGUGGACCACCUACAAAAGAAACUCUUCAGGCUUUUCUUCGUGAUGGACACACAAAGCAAGCUGUACAGCAAUUCAUUGAAGUCCUGAGUACCGCAGUCAAGAAACGUGUCUUGUGUUUACCGAGGGACAAAAAUAUGACACCUAGUGAAGUUUUCCAAGCCUCUGAUAAGAAAGCAAAUGUGGCCAUCCUUUUCUCUGGGGGCAUUGAUUCCAUGGUCCUUGCAGCCCUUGCAGACCGUCAUAUCCCUUUGGAGGAACCCAUUGAUCUUCUUAAUGUGGCUUUCAUGAUGAGAGAGACUGCCAGUGACCAAAGAAAGGAGAAACAGAAAAACUGUAGCAAAAACUUUUCAGAAUCUGCAAAUGCUGCUGCUGCUAAUCCUGAGAAACAAUUUAAUGUACCAGAUCGCAUCACAGGAAGAGCAGGACUAAAGGAACUACAAACUGUUAGUCCUUCUCGGAUUUGGAAUUUCAUUGAAAUUAAUGUUUCUCUGGAAGAGCUGCAAGAGUUAAGAAGCUCUCGAAUAUGCCAUUUGAUCCAGCCUUUGGAUACAGUUUUGGACGAUAGUAUUGGUUGUGCAGUCUGGUUUGCUUCAAGAGGUGCUGGUUGGCUGGUCACCCAGGAUGAAGCGCAACCAUAUCAGAGCACCGCAAAGGUGAUUAUUACUGGGAUUGGUGCAGAUGAGCAGCUGGCAGGCUAUUCUCGCCAUCGUGUCUGCUUUCAGACACGUGGGUUGGAAGCGUUGAACAAGGAAAUCAAAAUGGAAAUUGGUCGAAUUUCUUCUAGAAAUCUUGGGCGUGAUGACAGGGUUAUCGGUGAUCAUGGAAAAGAAGCAAGAUUUCCAUUCUUGGAUGAAAAUGUUGUUUCCUUCCUAAAUUCUCUACCAAUCUGGGAAAAAGCAAACUUGACUCUCCCCCGCGGACUCGGUGAAAAGCUGCUUCUGCGCCUUGCAGCCUUGGAACUUGGAUUAACCGCCUCUGCUCUUCUGCCUAAACGGGCCAUGCAGUUUGGAUCCAGAAUUGCAAAAAUGGAAAAGAAAAAUGAAAAGUCAUCCGACAAAUGUGGAAGACUCCAACUCGUUCCCUUAGAAAAUCUUUCUCUUGGAAAGGAAAUCAUCCAGUGAUUUGUUAGCUGGCCAUUUACUACAUGAUAACGAAAUAAAAUGUUGCUGCUUUACUCUGGCA